GUGUCAGUACUGUGUAGUUUAAGCGCAGGAAAGACCCCUCUCGAGCAGACGCGCCUCUUUGCGGAUAGGUCGCUCUUCUUCCUCGCUGACGGGUCGAGACGGCAGCGGAAUCUGCCCCACGACCUCCCGUCACUCUUCCAGUCCCCCUCCCUCCCAUCCGUCUCGGCGAUGGCAGUCUUGGUGUGGCGGUGCAGAUGCGGGCGCGGGCUCGAGCAAUCCUUCAACAAGAAUCGAGGCGCGUCCGCGUCCGCCCCUUCUCUUGGCAAGAGAUCCAAAUACUCGGGACAAUCUGUGAAAGCAAUGCCCAUGCGUUUGUUAACGGUUGGAAAGAAGAGGUCUCGAGGGACACAGCUCCUUGUUGAAGAAUACAAGGAGAAGCUCGGUUACUAUUGCGAUUUCGAGGACACACUUAUCAGGUCCAACCCAAAACUUACAAGUGAUGUAAAGGUGCAAGUUGAAGCAGAAGACACGGCUAUGAUGCAGCAACUCAAGUCUGACGAUUUUGUGGUUGUGUUGGAUGAAAAUGGGAAGGAUGUCAUAUCCGAGCAGAUAGCUGAUCUGAUUGGGGAUGCUGGCAACACAGGAUCAUCAAGGCUCACAUUUUGUAUCGGUGGACCAUAUGGUCUUGGGGUACAAGUGCGACAGCGUGCAGAUGCAACAAUUAGGCUGUCCUCACUAGUUUUGAACCAUCAAGUUGCUUUGAUAGUUCUAAUGGAGCAGCUCUACAGGGCAUGGACUAUAAUAAAAGGACAGAAGUAUCACCAUUAGGUUAUGUGCUAUCAUCAUUCACUGCUGUUUGUAGGACUUAGGAAAUUGAAGAGUCUGCAUGCAUGAAUUUACAGGUUUAAUGUUCAAGGACUCAUUGUACUUUACAGUCAUAUAGAACCCCGAAUUGCUCAAACUGGUUCAUUUAAUAGGUUCGUUGAUUGAUGACUGGCAGCUUCCAGCACACAGCAUGGACACGGUAAAUAAGAUGAAAUUCUGCUGGGUGCUUUACUGGUUGCUGGGCGGCUAUGGGCGGCUGCGUGCUUCAAGCUGUAAGCAAGAUAGACCUCGUGCAGCCUUUACCAAGCAAUAUAAGCUCAGCAACUGAAGUUCUGCAAAAAAGAACGGCACACCUGGACAUUCUGCCAUAACUCAAAAGAUUAGUUCCUCUUUUAUUGUGAACAUUCGCAAGGAACUCAGAAAGUGAGAAAAGAAAAUGAGCAUAGAGAAUAGGGAUUUUUUUUUAAUCAAAUUAUGAUGUAAUACUAAAGACAGCAUAUCACCAUCCUUCGAACAGAUGCAGUUCUUUGUGCUGAAUGUUUGUUUUCGCACUUAUAUUGGGUUGGUUCAUCGACGAGCAACUGAGGAAGACCGACAAAAUCAACCAA